ACCAUCACCAGCAGCCAUACCAUCAUCAAUACCAUCACUACCAUCAGCAUCAUCAUCAUGAGUAAUAUCAUUAAUAGCAGAAGCAGCAGCAGCAUCGUCGUCAUUAAUGCAGUAUUCACCAGCAUCAUUGAAGCCAUCACCACCAGCAGCACCGUCAUGAUCUGAAACUGCAUUCGUGUCUCCAGCAUAGUUAUUGCUGACAUCGUAAUCAAUACUGAUUAACUAUUGGUGCCAUCAACAUCAUCACCACCACCACGACAAUAAUCAGUCAAUCUUGACAUCAUUAUUAAUACCGAUAUCACCACCAUCACUCUCGCCACACACACCGCUAUCUUCACCAUCACCACUACCACCACCAUCAUCGCCAAAUCUUCCACAUUCAUAAAUACAUUAAUGUUUAAACUGCAACCAACGCUACUUUCAGCACUAUCGCCAACAUCACCAAUCAUCAUCAAUCAUUUACCAGCACUAAUACUAUCGCCACCACCAAUACUAUCACCAUCACUGCAAUGUCCCCAGUGAUGGAGGGAUCUCUCCGUGUCCCUGUCACGGGUACCGAGGGGUCCCCGCUGGCGGGGCUCGGCACCCGGCACGAGCGGCAGAGGCAGCUGGUGCUGAGGGCCCUGGGGGUGUCGAGGGCGCAGGGGAUGAGAGCGACCCAGGGGGCCGGCGAGGAGAGGGGUGGAGACAGCGAGGCGGAACCCUACCCGGGCUCGGAGCGACGCGAGAGAGAGCGGCAGGACCGAGGGGAUGACGCUUGGACCUCCCUUCUCCCUGUGGGAUGGGGUCCCCUCGACUUCAGGGGUCGAUUCGGUGAGGGUAUCCUCAGUGGCGACUUAUCCAGACCCAGCUCGGGAUUCUACGAGCCCAGCGAGAGCGGCUCUGCGUCUCUCAGCGACACGGGGGGCUCCGGGAGCAGCGGUUGCGAAAUUGUAAUCACUCCCGAAAGCGGGGGGCUCCGAGAGGGACCCGGACCGGGAAUUGAACCUAACAGCUUGAGUGAGGAGCAGCAGGGCCCAGCGAGUGGCAAUGAAGGAAAACAUCAGGAAAUCUGGACCCUGAACUUGGGGAGUCCCCGUGAGACGCGGCCUCGAGAAAUGAACGUGGAACGAGCAAUCGCCUACAUUCGUGGGCUCCUGCAACAUCAACAACAUCAUCAGCAGCAGCAUCAACCGCAGAAUCAUCAUCAGCCACAGCAUCAGCAUCAUCAUAAUCAGCAGCAGCAUGAUCAUCAGCAGCAACAACAGCAGGAUCACCAUCAGCAGCAGCAUCAGCAGCAUGAUCAUCAUCAUCAGCAGCAGCAAGGACAUGUCCACCCAUCAUCCCGUCCACGAGUCAGCCUCGGGGUGGCGGGCAGCGCGCAGUACAGGAGGCGAUCGAGGUACGGCAACCCGGAGUCACCGCCAACGGAGAGACGCGAACUAUUACAGGGCGAGAACGACACGGAGGUGGGGUCUGAGGAGGUGGAGGAGCAGGUGGGGGUGGGGCGAGCGGCGGUCUCUGCACGUUACUCGCUCAUCCUGAGCGGCGUCCCCAUUCCGUCGCGAUGCAGACGCCGCAACUCCAUCAAAUCGAUGCUCAUCAGCAAGGCGGGAGCCACUGCGAGUGGUGCCGCCGCUUCUCCCGCGAACGAUGGGUCAACCGCGGCGGUCUCAGUUGUGCGACCCAAGUGCGAUUUGACGCCGGACGGGGAAUCAAACCGAGCUGACAACUUCGAUGGGCCGUACCGACCGCGGCGGUCAGAGUUUGUUCAAUGUCAUCCCACUGCAGGCGAAAAAUCCACACAGGUCACCCACGGGGAUGGAGUCGUCACUCAUCAGAAGCUGCUCACCGGUUGGUUGGGCGGCCCUCUAUGCGAGAGCCAGAGAAAGGGUGACGGUCAGAGUAUGACUCAAGGUGAGCGGGUGGGUGAGGGUGAGCGGCCAUGUGAGAGUGAUCGGGUGUGUGAGAGUGGGUGGCUGAUCGUGGGUGAGGUGACAGGUGAGGGCAAGCAAGCGUGUGAGGAGGGUGAGCGGGCGCGUGAAGGUCAGAGGUCGAUCGAGGGUGAAUGGGUGGGUGAGGUGCAGAGGUUGAUCCAGGAUGCGCAGCGGGGUGGUGAGCGACUGGGUGAGGGUGACUGGCCGGUCUCCACCGGGGAGUCGAGACUGCUGCUGCGGCAGUGGCGGCGACAGCAACAGCAGCAGAAGUAUCGGCAGAGGUGGCUCCCGGCGAUGUCAGACAGCGAUGCGGACGUCGACAGCGCUGAGCGGCAGUGGCGGCGCCAGGGAGCAGUCCGGAUCCGGCGCAAGAGAAGACCCGGCGAGGAUCGGGGCACAAGGCGGAGUGGCAAUAACAACAUCAACAACAACUCCUGGGACAGGCAUCGGACUCGCGCUGACGUGAAUUGUUCUAAGGUCACUGUCUGCGGUGCCAUUGGGAAAUGCGACCCGGCGGUGGUGGUCGUGGUCGAUGACCGCUCGACGAUCCCAGCAUCGUUUCCGGGGACUCGAAUCGCGGAAGGGGGCAGCAACAGUGUCGAGCCGGUGCUGGGGUCACCUCGGCCUGGAAUCGAACUCGGGUCCGCAGUCCCCGCGGGGUUCAACGUGCCCCCCGGUGGGAUCCGCAUGAGAGUGUCGCAUUCGCUCAGCCGGAAGAUUCGGACGUUCCGGCCGGAGCGGAUGAUCUUCAUCGCCACGGUGUGAGAUGGAGGGAAUGUGGCCUCUACCGCAUGGGGGCAGGUGGCGAGGGUGAGAGGUCACGUGAAAGUCAGCUGUUGUGUUUUUGUGCCAGUUAAAAGGGUAAAACCUAUUCCUAUAUCUUGUUUCUGGCAAAGGAGGUCUCAUAA